AUGGAUCUUGAUUCUUCUUUGGACGAUAUUAUCGCAAAGCGUGGCAAAUCACGGCCCCAGCCUCGAUCACAGACAUCGCAGCGACGUCCUACACCAUCGUCACGUCGACCACCCACUUCCACAGGGUCAACGAGGUACAGCUCCAACGAUAGCAGCCGAUUAGGAAGAAACACGCACCAUGCCAUCCAUCCAAAGUCAAAAACUAUCACCAAGUCAUCGAGUGGGUCUUCAAUUUUGAAGCGUAUCAAUCCAGUACCUGGAGGAGGAUUUGUCACCAAAAAGCCCAUCUCCACCUCAUCGCUUGCCAACCGCCUUGGACCAAAGAGCACAACACAGCAAUCGAGCAGCAGCAGUGGUAGCAGCAGACUCGAUCCAGCCAAGAUCGUCAUCACCAAGUCAACAGGACGUCGAGGAGGAAACGAGGACAUCAAUGAUCAUCAUCCUCGAUAUGCUUCACCGGUAGCUCGGCAUGAUAGACGAGAUUAUGGUGGAUCUUCAUCAUCAGGAUUAAUGGACACUUCACCCACCAUGAUCACAUCAUCACAUCGUCAACAACAGCCAUCCUCUUUCAAUAUUCGUGGGUUAUCAGGCACUGGUAGCGGCAAUGGAUUAUCUAUUCGUGGUGAAGCAGGACCUAGCACUGUGUUGAUUAGCAACUUGGAUCCUGGUGCCAACGCAGAAGAUGUCAAGACGGCAUGCUUACAGUUUGGCAAAGUGUAUCGCACUGAAGUGCUAUUGGAUGCAUCAGGUCGCUCAUUUGGCGAAGCUGAAGUCGAGUUUGCUACCAAGGCAGCUGCAUUGGAAUGUAUUCGAAAGUUGGACAAUGAGAUUGCAGAUGGUCGUAUCUUGCGUGCUGUUUUAAGAGAUCGUCCUCCAGCUCCUCUACAACAACCACCACCACCACCUCGUAUGCAUCCUCAUCCUCAUCAUCAUCCUCAUCCACCCUCGCCAGCACCUCCAAUGGGUCAUUUUGCUACACAAACAUUGCGAUCGGUGAUAGCUCCUACCCGCUCCGGGUACACAUCUGCAGCAAGUGCAACAGGCAAAUUAUACUCGGAUCAAAUGAUGCAACAACCACCCCAUCACGACUAUGCUCGAUUCCCACCCCCACAACCAAGACGAUAUUGA